AUGGGGACGAUGGGGACGCAGGUUUGCACACAAACCCUGGAGACAGAUGGCAGAGCAGGGCCUGCUAAGCUCUUCCUGGAAAAGGGGGACGCCGUGAAUGCACGACCAACGCGAUGGGCAAACAACGCUACAGCAGCUGGCUUCUGCGGCACGGGGGCGGCUCCUAACCUAUCCAACCACGGCAAUGUGGAGAUGGUUCGUUCGAGAAAGCAGGGAGCUCCAGAAAGGCGUAAGACCCCCUCCCCUUGGAAGGGCAGCAAUUGGGUCUUCCCCGUUCAGUACUAA